CUAAAAAAUUAUGAGUUUCUUUGAUUUUACCGAAUUGAAAACCUCUGGAAUAUAAUUAAGAGGAAGAUGGAUGAUCACAAGCCAUCAAACCAAGCUGAACUGCUUGGAAUGGCAUAAAGUGGGAUAAAGUUAUCCAAAAGCAGUGUGUAAGACUGAUGGAUGGAUGGAUGGAAAAUAAUGGCCUACGCAAACAAUAAAAGAGGAGUGAGGGUAGGAUUGCAAAAAAGGGUGAUAGAUAGAGACUGAGAGAGGAAGAAGACAGACAGACAGACAGAUAGAUAGAUAGAUAGAUAGAUAGAUAGAUAGAUAGAUAGAUAGAUAGAUAGAUAGAUAGAUAGAUAGAUGGCAGAGAAGAUGACAGAGAAGAUGGAGAGAAAGACAGAGGUGUGAAGGCAAAAGGAGAGAGAGAGAGAAGGGGAGAGAGAGAAGGGGAGAGAGAAAUGGCAGGGCUAAAAAAGUGAGAGACAGAGACAGGGUGAUUAAAAGGGAGAGAGUUGGUGUGUGUGUUGAUGUGUGUAUCCCCGGUCUGUCGAGCGCCUGGGGGAAACCGGAGGGGCGUGCGCGUCACUAUUCCAUAUAUGGCAGUACCGGUGUGAGACUGAGUGCCCAUAUAUGGAGUUCCCGCCUGUGACCGGUGGAAAAUGGGCGGGGCUUUGGAAGCAGGCGCUUCAAAAGAGCUUCAGCACCACAACAACAGAGAAAACACAGGAGCAGAGACUAAACACCCCACACACACUCAGUUCUACAGCUCUCACACACUUCUACAGCACGCAGGGGGGCUUCAGACACUCAUAUGGACAUUUACAGAAUUUACUGAAGCUUGUUUUUAACUUUUUUUAAACCUUUUUUUUGCUUUCUGCGAAGAAUAAUAAAAACAGCAGAUAAAGAUGUCGAGCAGCUGCUGACAGACAGUGUGGAGGUCGCCGGGUCACACACACAUAAACACACUCUUUUUCACACACACUGUACACUGGGACAACAGGGCUAAUGCCUGUGGAAAUCACUAGCUGCGAGCUCGCGCAGAUGGUGCGCACCCACUGCGCGCUCCCGCUGCUGCUGGACUGCAGGCCGUUCCUGGCCUUCUGCGGCGCGCGCCUGGCCUUCUCUCACAGCGUCAACUGGAACUCAGUGCUGAUGCGCAGGGAGCGCGCGCGGAUGGGCCUGGCGAGCGCGCGCCCCCUGGAGCGGCUGGUGGCAGACCGCGCGCUGCUGAGACAGCUGCGCGCCGGUGAGUGCGCGCGCGUGGUGGUGCUGGACGAGGCGAGCCGCUCGGUGCGCGAGCUGCGCAGAGAGAGCGUGGCCGGGCUGCUGCUGCGCGCGCUGCAGGAGGAGCUGCGGGAGGAGGGCACGGAGGUCUGCUUCCUGCAAGGUGGAUUUGAAGAAUUUGUAUCGUUGUAUCCUGAGCUGUGUUUAAACACUCCACUUAAGUGUGGGAGCCCCUCGACACUGAGUGACCCAGAAACCCUCAACUCCACCAAGAGCAUGCCUCUGUAUGACCAGGGAGACCCUGUGGAGAUCCUGCCCUUUCUCUUCCUGGGCAGCGCUCACCACUCGUCCCAGAGAGACACACUGGAGCGCUGCGGCAUCACGGCUGUCCUCAACGUCUCCUCAUCCUGUCCCAAUCUGUUCGAGCAGGAGCUGCAGUACAUGACACUGAAGGUGGAGGACAGCCUGGCCGCAGAUAUACGGGUGUUCUUCCCUGAGGCUAUUCGCUUUAUCGACUCUGUGAAGGAGAGCGGUGGGCGUGUUUUGGUCCACUGUCAGGCUGGCAUCUCUCGGUCUGCCACCAUCUGCCUGGCGUAUCUGAUCCAUGCCCGGCGCGUGCGUCUGGACGAGGCCUUCGACUUUGUGAAGCGGAGACGGCAGGUCAUUUCUCCAAACCUGGCCUUCAUGGGGCAGCUGCUGCAGUUUGAGACGGACGUUCUGUGUCCUUACACGGUUCUGGACUCGAAGAACAGCAGCAGCGUGUUUUAGAGCAGAGUGAGGCCACACUAAAAUAUACUGCAAAAAAAAAACACUGCUAUGCAUAAGCAGCUUAAAGUGAAGCUUCCGCCACUAAACGCUAGGAGCCGGAUGGACCAGCUGUGGACAGUGAUACUGGUACCUGUGUGUACUUUAGACCUAACCGGCUGGGUCAGACUUUGUGGAUCCAGUGACGGUCACAGCGAGGCUGACGUAUAGUGAGGUGUUUGUACACAUAUGAGGGUCUCUAGUAGUCACUUCUUCCAUCCACACUAUGAUUUAACCUCAUUAUUUCAGUUUACAUGGUUGAGGGCACUAACCAACUACCAGGGGUGUAAAAUUCUACUGAUGCUCAACGUUUUGAUUUAAUUAUUAAUCUUUAGGAGACAAUUCAGUGUGUAAACUCAAAUUUCAACACAGUUAGGAAUUUAAAAAGCAAGUGAUUAAUUAUACAAUUAGUGUAAUUUGUAGCUGAUCGCAAUUCAUUGUAUUAUUUUGUAUAGUUAAUCAUAAAUAUUCUCUUUUUUUACAGUUAAUCACCAUUAAUCUCAUGAUUUUGUGCAGUUUAUCAUAAUUUUGUGUGGUUAUUUGCUGUUAAUACUAAUAAUUGACACUAAAUAACUAUUUUCUCCAUUAAACAGCAGAACUUGUUCAAUUUAAUUCAACAAUUGAAAAUAAGGAUUGACCUAAAAUUGUCAAAUGUGGUCUAAAUUGUUGAAUAUUGUUAGCUAUACUUUAGCUUUCCUAUAAUCAGUGUAGUUGAAUUGCUACAAUGCGAUCAGUGUAUUUUACACCCCUGAUGACUACAUACACUUCCUCAGAAACUUCCACGAAAACAUCACUUUACUGUAACAGAAAAUGUCUUUAUUUUUUAAGGCUGUAGCAGCAGCAUCAAAGCUUAUGAAACCAUACGGUGGAGUGAGUAGUUAGUAAAACAUCCAACCUUUAUGGGAAGCUUACUGUAAAAAUAACUGUGAAAAGGCUACAUGAAGAAAAGCAAUACUACACCUGACCAGUCCUUCAUUUAGUCUUUCAGCCUGAAGCAAUACAGUCUUAAAGCAACUGGCAAUAAACUUCUACAGAGCUUCUGAAAAGCUUCUUCCUGAUCUUAUGAAGUAAGAAGAUGCAUUUUUAAAAUUAAAUAGAGCGGUUUGAAUGCGACUGCUUGGUAGAUGUUCUGUGGAGCGGAUCUUAAGCCUAGCAGACUCAGGGAGGGACCAAAGGGCAAACAUGUAAACAGACCAUUUCAAACUGUGAUCUUAUGAAAAAAAAAAAAAAAAGCUAGAGUAAUCACCUACGUACUGUAAUACGGAGCUCUGAUUCCAAGACUAAGAUGUUAUAAAACCUUAUUUUAAAAAAAGGGAGAACAGUCAUUUUUAUAUUUUGCAUUUUUGUUUGUUGUUUGAUUGUAUUUUUUUUAUAUUUAUUGAGAUCUGAUGAACGGUGCACUUUAUAUUUGUAAAUAGUCUGUUUUUAUAUGUAUAUGUAUUUUGUGAUUAUGUACAUUCUGUGAUUGUAUAGUUUAUAAGCUACUUCAAAAGAUUUAUGCAUCCAUUAAAAGUCUGAUUUAUUUAUAUAAA